AUGAAGGAAGUCGCCAAGGUCGCCGGUGAGCUCACCGUUGACGAGCGCAACCUUCUGUCUGUCGCCUACAAGAACGUUGUCGGCACCCGACGCGCGUCGUGGCGCAUCAUUUCGUCUAUCGAGCAGAAGGAGGAGUCCAAGGGCUCUGAGAAGCACGUCGGCACCAUCCGCGACUACCGCCAGAAGAUCGAGACCGAGCUUGAGCAGGUCUGCCAGGAUGUCCUCAACGUCCUCGACGACUCCCUCAUCCCCAAGGCCGAGUCUGGCGAGUCCAAGGUCUUCUACCACAAGAUGAAGGGCGACUACCACCGCUACCUUGCCGAAUUCGCUUCCGGCGAGAAGCGCAAGGUCGCUGCGACCGCUGCACACGAGGCUUACAAGACGGCCACCGAUGUCGCCCAGACUGAGCUCACACCCACCCACCCCAUCCGUCUCGGCCUUGCGCUGAACUUCUCGGUCUUCUACUACGAGAUCUUGAACUCACCGGACCGUGCUUGCCACCUUGCCAAGCAGGCCUUCGACGACGCCAUCGCUGAGCUCGACUCUCUGUCUGAGGAGUCCUACCGCGACAGCACCCUCAUCAUGCAGCUCCUCCGUGACAACCUCACUCUCUGGACGUCAUCAGACGGCAACGAGGGCGAGGCCGCCGCCACUACCGACGCACCCAAGGAGGAGGCCAAGACCACUGAGGACGCACCCGCUGCAUCCGAGCCCAAGGCCGAGGAGCAGCCUCCUGCUGCCGCCCCUGCCCCCGCCGCUUAA